CCUUGGGGGAGUUAAUGUGUAAUACUCUAGGAUAUAACCUGGCCGGUGAGGUGAGACCCUGAGCCCAGGCCUCCAGGAGUUACUGAGAGCUGCCUCCAAGAGCUGCCGCCAUGUCGGGGAAAUUUGAGAUUACGAACAUGAACAUGAAGUUGGGGACAACCCUGAAGAUCAAGGGCAAGAUCGCUGAUGAUACUGAUAGUUUUAUCAUUAACCUGGGCCAAGGGACAGAUAAAUUGGACCUGCAUUUCAACCCACGCUUCAGUGAAUCCACCAUCAUCUGCAACUCACUGGAUGGCGAAUGGGGGCAGGAACAAAGGGAAGAUCACCUGUGCUUCAGCCCAGGGUCAGAGGUCAAGUUCACCGUGACCUUUGAGAGAGAUGAAUUUAAGGUGAAGCUGCCAGACGGGCACCAGAUGACCUUUCCUAAUAGGCUGGGCCACAGCCACCUGAGCUACCUGAGCGUGCAGGGCGGGUUUAACAUCUCCUCUUUCAAGCUUGACUGAGCAGGCAGCACCUCACCCGAAUGACGGACCCCCGGCACUGACUCCCUACCCUGAGCUUCUUCCCAGUCACACUGGACCGGCAGCCCUUGGGUCUUGGCUCCCCACCUGCAUUUACUGCCCCUCUGACCCCAUUUUCCUCUCCUAA